CCAUGAACCCUCACGGCGGACAUGAAAAUGGGCGGGGCUCAUUUGAGUCUGCGCGCGGUCUUUGAAAGAAAAUGGCGGAGCUCCAGGGUGAAGGAUUCGAGCUGAGUGAUGCCAGCAACGUCAGUGUUACCAGGGUCUCAGAAGUGUCUCAUGGAGUCAAACGGCCUCAUAAUAGUAACCACAUCUCAGGUCCUCCUCAGAAAUCACCGUGCACGUCGCCUGCUCCUGAAACAAUGCAGCGUUUAGGAGAGGAGGAACAGCCGGGGGACUCAGAGAUGAGUAUGAGGGAAAGUGGGACUGUUACGGCUCCAGAACGAAGCCGUCGCUCGCGGAGGAAAUCCUGGAGGAGAUCAUCCCGAGGAAGACGCUCUCUGCCGGCCUUCUGCAGCUCCUCGCAGCCUCUGUGUGAAACCAUCAGUCUGUCUUUGCCUGAUAAUGAGAGGCUGGAGAUGCUAAUUAAAGCUGCUAUGCAGAGGACAGUGAAGAGGGCCAGAAAUAGUCUGAACACUGUUCCUGGGGUUGAUGCAGAGACACUGCAGGCUCAAGUUGAAUCUUUGUCUGAAGAGUGUGACAGUCUGGCUAAAGACAUUAGAAGAGAAACUCAGAAUUCACUUCCAACUGUUGAGAGUGACCCUGUUGUUAACGUGACCACUGCACGCAUUCAGGAGGACAUUAACAGGUUACAGGCUGAAAGUAUGUCAUGGGAGUCGCUACUGAACAAACACCGGAGCAAAGCUGACGAACUAGACAAAUGUGUGGAGCGGGGUGAAGAGAAGGGGGUGCCACUGGACCCAUCAUGCUUUGCCAAGUCCUCACAGAGUCAGCUCAUUCUGAACAAACCUGACUAUAAGGCGGUACUCAUGGGACAGCAAAAACUACUCCGAAACAUGGAGCUAGUGAUGGACUCACAGUGUUGUAUAAUGAGGGAACUGCUGUCUUUCCAUGAAAAAUCACAGCUGCUGCUAAUGGAGACCAGCACCAGACUAGCUUCCAGGGCAGGAUUUCAGAAUCUCCCUUCAUCUCCAGUCAGACAGCUGAUAAAAGGACCCAAAUCUAGUGUUUCCUCUUAGUUUACAGAGCUGUGAUGACUCCCAUAAGAUGCUGAGCUUCCACAGGAAAGCUCUGUGAUCUGAUAGGACCAUUUUGGUUAUGCAUUAUUUCUUUUUAAUCUAACAUUUCUACUUUUUGCUAUAUCGAAAUGCAUGUCAUUUUUAUAUUAACCAGUAAUAUAAAUUCAUACUAGACGUACAGGUGCAUAGUCUGCUCUUGCUUUCUCUAUGUGGACAGUAAUAUAAAUUGCUGAUGAAUAUUGAAUCGUCUUCAAAGUCUGUGACUGUUUUGCUUCAUGUCCUCGAUUUAGUGAGGAAAGGUUCGGGAUGUGUACUUGAAGCUGGACACUAGAUGGCAGACUAGUUAUUCACCUAGUUACUCAAAGCUCUACUUUUACCCGUGUUGUUUUUUAAAGAUGGCUGUUUAGUGCUGUUUUGUACAAUUGUAAAGAUUUAUGAAUAUAAUUAAAUGCCUUGACAUUU